AUGGAUUACUACGGGAAGUACGCAGCGGUCACUCUUGUCAUGUUGUCCAUGUUUCUGCAUAUUCUUCAUUCUUUUCCAGAUGGAGAGUUCCUCACACAGGGUUGUCCAGAAUGCAAGCUAGGGGAGAACAGGUUCUUCUCAAAGCCAGGAGCUCCCAUUUACCAGUGCACAGGAUGUUGCUUCUCCAGGGCUUAUCCCACUCCCAUGAGAUCAAAGAAGACAAUGCUCGUUCCAAAGAACAUUACAUCAGAGGCAACAUGCUGUGUAGCAAAAGCCUUUACAAAGAUUACCCUUAAGGACAACGUGAAGAUAGAGAAUCACACAGACUGUCAUUGCAGCACCUGCUACUAUCAUAAAUCUUAA